AUGGGCCGCAUCGUUGUAACUGGCGGCUCAGGCAAAGCCGGCCAAUUCAUCAUCGCCGAGCUCCUCUCCAACGGCCACACAGUCCUCAACCUAGACAUCAGCCUAAUGGGCCACCCAGAAGUCUACAUCCUGAAAACCGACCUAGCAGAUAGCGGCCAAGUCUUCAACGCCCUAUCCGGCCAAUGGUCCCGGCAAGGGCCCUUUUCGGAAGGCCUCCCCCCACGUCCAGACGCCCCUACAAGCUGGGCAUCACAAGAUCAUCCUAGCAAACAGCGUAACCGCCUAUGGCGUCUCGUUCGCGCAGGGCGACACCAAUUCCCUUCGUUCGAGAUCCACGAGGAUCUGGACGUCAACCCGACGGAUACGUACGCCAUUGCGAAACUAUGCAAUGAGCACAUUGCGCGUGGCUUUGCCGCGCGUUUUGGGGCUGGUAUCUACAGUCUGCGGAUUGGCCGUGUUAUCGAGCCAGAUGAGUACAAUGAUCAGAUAUUUUCCAGCUAUGUGCAUGAGCCCAACCUGUGGAAGGUGCAUGAUAGUCUCGCAUUAGCGAAGCGAUUUUGCCCAAACUCCCCACACAAAACUCUCGGAGCAUCAUCCAUCGUUCCGCUUCCUCUUCCCAUCUCCCCCUCUCACAUCCACCUUUUAUUACCGGCGAUCACCCCUCACCCGACAUCAUGGAUCAGGCAAAGUUGGCUAGAAUGCAGGCGAGCGUGCGCAUUGCUAACUGCAUCCUCGAUAGGAGGCAAGGGUACUCCCCGCCGCAAGGUCAAGAAGGUCGUCCGCAACUCCGGCGCCGAUGACAAGAAGCUCCAGGCCGCUCUCAAGAAGCUGAACGUCCAGCCCAUCCAGGGCAUUGAGGAGGUCAACAUGUUCAAGGAGGACGGCAACGUCAUCCACUUCGCCAACCCCCGUGUCCACGGCGCUGUCCCCUCUAACACCUUCGCCCUCUACGGCAACGGCGAGGAGAAGGAGCUCACCGAGCUCGUCCCCAACAUCCUCAACCAGCUCGGCCCCGACUCCCUCGCUUCCCUGCGCAAGCUCGCCGAGAGCUACCAGAACAUGCAGAAGCAGCAGGGUGAUAAGAAGGACGACGAGGAGGAUGAUAUCCCCGACCUUGUUGAGGGCGAGAACUUCGAGAACAAGGUUGAAUAA